AAAGGCAGUAGUUACAACUGUUCUGUGCGCGUUCGAGAUGGAUUCUGUGUUUUUAUUUAUGUAUUUAUGUAUUUAUUUAUUUUUUCAUCUGCCGUUCAGGCUUCAGUACUAAUAUACACGGUCUGAGUAAAACGUUUUGUUUUUGUCUAAAAUGUACCCGUCUGUGGUGCAUGGAAACGUGGUACAAGAAAUCAAAAAUGGAAUUACUAUUGGGAACACGAACCACUAAGAAUUGCAUUUUCUUCUGAAAAGGAGCCAUUACUUAAUCUUUGCUUGCAUUAAUUUCCAAAUCUACUGUAAACCCGCCACUGCUCACUACUGACCUCACUAACAUGGCGGCGUCUCGACGCUGCUUGAUGCGUACGCAAGGUGAAAGGUGAGAGGUUAAUGCCUUGUUUUCUGGCGGCGGGAGAUCUUAAUGCGUUUGCUGGACGACUGACAGAAGAGAAACAUCUAAAUAUAGAAGCGACUAGUGGAUGCCUGGUGGUCCUGUUCAAAAAUUAUAAAGUGUUUGGCCAUGUUCUCCGACCUCACAGCCCAGAAGAGGGCAACGUUGUUGGCCCCCCCUGCCCUCGAGGGCCCGGUCUUUGACAGAGUGUACCCCUCCUCCUACACCAACUGCUCGGAGCGCUUCAAACUCGGGGAGCGGAGUUUCAGCCGCCAGUACGCUCACAUCUACGCCACCCGGCUUCUUCAAAUGAGACCCAUCCUGACCAAGAGGGCUCAGCAGUUGUGGGGAGCUGACAUACAGGUAAAGAAACUCUGCGAGAUCCAGAUGGGUGAGCAUUGUUGCAUUGUGGGAACCAUUUUCAAGAACAUGGCACUCCAGCCAUCUAUUCUUCGUGAGAUCAGCGAGGAGCACAACCUCCUACCUCAGCCGCCACGCGCAAAAUACAUCACCCAAUCGGAUGAGCUGAUCCUGGAGGACGAGUUACAGAGGAUCAAACUGGAGGGUGCCAUUAAAGUGCAGAACUUCGUCACAGGAAGUGUGAUCGCUGUUUACGGCGCUGAGAAGAACAAUGGGAAGUUCAUGGUGGAGGAAUACUGCACAGCUGAGCUGCCCCCACAGCCCCCCCGGAGAGGCCCACAUGCUGACAGGUUCGUGCUCCUGGCCUCUGGUCUGGGUUUGGGGGGUGGCAAUGCAGACUGCCUCCUGGCUCUGCAGCUGCUGGUGGACAUGGUGACGGGACAGCUGGGGGACGAGGGUGAGCAGAGUGGGGUGGCCCGAAUCUCCAGGGUGUUGCUGGCUGGGAAUCUGCUGAGUCAGAGCACACAGGGCAAGGACUCCGUCAACAAGGCUAAGUACCUGACCAAGAAGACGCAGGCCGGUAGUGUGGAGGCUAUCCGGAUGCUGGACGAGAUUCUAGUGCAGCUGGCGGCCUCUGUUCCAGUGGACCUCAUGCCUGGGGAGUUUGACCCCACUAACUACACCCUGCCCCAGCAGCCUCUACACCAGUGCAUGUUCCCACUGUCCUCCGCAUACCCCACCCUGCAGCUGGUCAGCAACCCAUUCCAGGCAGACAUUGACGGGCUCCGGUUCCUGGGGACGUCGGGACAGAAUGUGAGUGAUAUCUACAAGUACAGCGGGCAGGAGGACUACAUUGAGAUCCUGGAGAGCACCCUGAGACUGAGCCACUUGUCCCCCACUGCUCCAGACACUCUGGGCUGCUACCCAUUCUACCAGCGAGACCCGUUCAUUCUGGAGGAUUGUCCUCAUGUCUACUUCUGUGGCAACGCACCGGCCUUCCAGUCUAAGCGAGUCACGGGUGCUGACGGCCAAGAUGUCCUCCUUGUCGCUAUCCCAGAGUUCAGCUCGACGCAGACUGCCUGCCUGGUAAACCUGCGCAACCUCGAGUGCCAGCCAAUCAGCUUCUCAGCUUUCUCAGCCAAGGCGGAGGAAGAGAGCGAGAUGGAUGUCAGCCACUGAACGCAAGCUUAGCCGCUGAAGAGAGCAGCUCAGCCUGGGGAUAUAAGACCAAGGCCAUUGCCCAGUGACUGGUUAAUUGUAGAGAUUGCAUUGCCUUUUUUUUUUUUUUUUAAUUAUAUUUCUUCUGGAAUGAAAUAUGCAAACCAUUUUUUUUACCAUCAAGAAAAAACAAGGGUAUGGCAACCCCACUUCCUUUCCCUAAUUGCUAAGAAUAAAAUCCCAUAACGUGUGAAA